GCAGGGCUGCCCGCUCGCAGCCGCCGGUCCCGCCCUGCAGUGUGGCCGGAACGCCGGGGAGCUGCAGAUCUCUCUCCAUGUGGAAGGGAACACAUGCUAAUUGGCAGUAACCUGUGUGCAGAGCUGGGAACCUCAGGAGGACUUUGCUGGAAUGAAACCUGUGAUUGUGGUGCAUGGUGGAGCUGGGCGGAUCUUUAAGGAACGAGAAGAGGGAUGUCGUGCUGGUGUGAUCAGAGCUGCUCUGCAAGGGUAUAGCCUCCUGAAACAGGGAGGCAGUGCCCUAGAUGCAGUUGAGGAGGCAGUGCGGUCCAUGGAGGAUGAUCCUCACUUUAAUGCAGGCUGUGGAUCUGUUCUAAAUGAAAAAGGUGAAGUAGAAAUGGAUGCCAUUAUCAUGGAUGGAAAAAAUUUAGACUCUGGAGCAGUGUCUGCAGUUAAAUGUGUAGCAAAUCCAAUCAAACUUGCUCGACUUGUCAUGGAAAAGACGAAGCACAUGCUGCUGACAGAGAGUGGUGCACAUCUCUUCGCUCAGGCCAUGGGCAUUCCUGAGACUCCUGGAGAGAAACUCAUCACCAAGAGAUCUCUGGAAAGAUGGAAGAAGAACCUUGAGCCAGAUUCCAACCCUGCAGAGUUUCAGAAAGACCUUGGAACAGUUGGUGCUGUCGCCAUAGACAAUGAAGGAAACGUAGCUUGUGCAACAUCCACUGGAGGACUCUCUAAUAAACUGGUUGGCCGUGUUGGUGACACAGCCUGCAUAGGAAGUGGAGGUUAUGCUGAUAACAGUUCUGGUGCCACUUCAACCACAGGACACGGGGAGAGCAUUAUGAAAGUGGUCUUAGCGCGACUGAUCCUCUACCACAUGGAGCAAGGAAUGCCACCAGAGAUGGCUGCUGACACGGCAUUAGACUACAUGAAGACACGAGUUGGGGGCUUGGGAGGUGUUAUUGUUGUUAGCAGUUCAGGAGAGUGGGCAGCAAGGUUCUCCACCAAGCAGAUGUCCUGGGCUACUGUAAAAGAUGACCAGCUGCAUUUUGGGAUUUAUGCUGGGGAGAGACAUACAAAGUCUGUUGAUGAAGCACUUGCAUCUGAAGCUCCUCUGGAAGUGCUCUUCCUCUGAGGACAGGAUGGGAUCUGAUGUGAUCAGCGUGGGCUUUAGCCCUUCAGCCCUGCACUUUUGACCCUUUGCUGCACCUUAAGCUCUACAAAUGCAGCUCCUCGAACACCCAGCUGCCUGCAGCCCUGAGGGCUCUGCCUGGUGCUGCCUGCUCCAUGGCAUGGCAGAGGCUGCCUGCCUAGCAACCCAGGCUGCUGUGAAGGCAUCAUCCACAUGUGCUGCGGCCUCUGCUGCCUCCCCGCUGCACACAGGGAGGACUCUCAACUUUCCCUGAUGCUGCACAAAACUUUGGCUAGGUUCGGGUGUAGCUGCCACCUGCCAGCCACAGCCUGUGCUAACCACAGCACCACCAGGGCUGACUAACAUGGGAGGUAAAAUCCAGGAUUGUCAGAGGUGCUGGACCCCUCUGUGCAAGUGCUAAUGACUGCAGCCCAAGCAGACCUGCCUGGACAUGUGAAAACCACAUUGUGCUAGCACUGACUGUUCCUUAGCAACUCAAAAGCAGUUGCUAGAAUAACUCACAAACUGGCUCUUCUGGGCUGGGGAGGUGCACACUCCGAUGGGACUUGGACACUCCUCUGUAGGUGCUGCAUGGCAGAGGGAUGCAGCCAGUUUGCAUAGAUUCAUAGAAUGAUUUGGGUUGGAAGGGACCUCCAAGAUCAUCCAGUUCCAACCCCUUUGCCCUAGGCAGGGACAUCUUCCACAACC